CAGAAGUAGGCGCAGCUUCUUUGCACGCACUUUCAAAUUUAAACGCCUGUUGCUUGAAGCUUCCAAAAUGGAUGUUUACACAUUCGAAAAAUCAUUUCUGGAGCGGCUCAAAGAAGCCGAAGCGGUGCUCUCAUGGGAUGGCGCCGCAAUGCCCGCCUCGCAAGUCUGUUCCGAGUGGAAAGCGUACGUCGAGCUGCAAAUUGAGCCAGCAGGCUGGCAGGCAAUGUGGAAAAUACCGCGCGUAAUCUGCGAGGAUUUAAAGCUGCGCUAUCCCACAAUUGUAUUUGGCACUGUGGAUCAGGUCAUGUUCGAUGAGCUGAAGGCGGUGUUUACGGUGACUGCUGUGCAGGAUCAGGAUAUGCAUUUGCCCGAGAGCAACGAGGUGGCGCUGAUCGAGCUGUGGCCCACCAUACAACAGGAGAAUUCGGCGCUAAAUGUAGACACCACAGCGGAGUGCAUUGACCGCUUGCGUUUCUUCUAUACGCACGUUUGGAUGCCAUGGGACAAGGACUCGGAUGGUGAUCGCGAUUGGGUGCAAAUCCAUUUACAGUCGCGCAUACAGCUCGCCUGUGAACUGAGCAAGCAUCGCUUGCCACGCCCACUGACCCUGCACAUGCGCACGCUGCUGAUGGAGGCCCAUUAUAUACAACAGCGUCUCGAAUACUUGGAACUGGACAUGAGCGAUGCGGAGGAGGAUGAUGAUGAGGAAUUGGCUACAGAUGCGACAAGUGAGAAGCCCAAAAAGCAGUUGGGCAGCUCCGCGGCAAACAACCUGAAUAAGUCCAUUUUGCCGGUGACGGAUCUGAUGUGUCUCCAUCUCAGGCUGGCCAUCAUCCGCAGCGAAUUCGAAAUUCUGGAAAAUCCAGAUAUGCGACGCGCCUACAGCGAACUCCAGAGCAAUGGGCUGAAGCGUCACCUGCUGCAGCGCAGCAGCCCAUGCAGCCUGGGCCAGUUAGCUGUGGAGCAGACACAAAUGUGCCACUUGGUUACGUUGCCAGUUGAGCUGCAGACACAGAUCCAUCUGCUGACGCUAGCCAAGCAAUUGGUGAAACCGCACACAAAAGUCCAGUUGGGCAACACCUUGCAGGACGUGCUGAGCAUUUGCCAAGCAAACGAUGACAUUCUCUUAUCGCCCGGGCAACACAAUAUUAAAUUUCUGGAACAUCUCAAUGACAAUGGCAGCAUUCAGGGCCUCAUUGAUGCCGAGUCAGUUAUGGCCAGUGAAAACGACAAUGAUGACGAGCUGAGAAAGCUGCCCGUGAUUUGCUCGAGUGAUGAGGAUAGCACUUUGCUGGUCAUCGAUGGCGAUUACGCGUUAUCCAAUCUGGUCCUGGAUUGUCGUCAUGUGCGCCGUGGCAUUCUAUUGCGGUGUGGAACGCUGACACUGCGCAGCUGCCGGCUGCUGGGCGAUGGUAGCUCGAGCACCCAGGAAGCGAUUGUGUGCAUGCCGCAAGCCAAGCUAAAGCUCCACGAUUGCCGGCUCGAGAACUUUGCCAUUGGUUUAUCGUUGCGGCCGGAGACGAGUGCUGUUUUGAGUAAUGUCAACAUCAGGAAGUGCAACACCGGUUUGGAAUUGCUGGAUAAAACCACCAAGCUUAAACUGGAAGGAAACAAUUGCAAUUUUCAAACUUGCCAACUGGGCAUUUUGGCAGAUGGCAUCGCCUUGCCAAAUAGCAGUGAAAAGACAUUGGCGCUAAAGCAUUUUAGUGAGCUACAGCGCUAUAAUGAGAGCAAUUGGCUGGGAAAUUGCGCUUUUCACAAGUGUCAACGUAAUGUUCGCAUUUUCAAUGAAUCGCAGCAGCUGCUGGCGAAGCGCGCUCGUCAGAAUUUCCUGAUGGAGGAUUUGGAUGUGGAGAACAAGGAGAACAUUAACUAGAAUAAGUAUAUGUAUGCAAUGUAAAUCGUACAAUAAAAAGAACCUGGAUUGUUCCUGAUACAAUAUAUCAGGACGUCUGAGCAUGUAACGCA